AUGGCAGCUCCCGACUCCAAGACAAUCCGUGACCUCACUGGGACUUGGAUCGUGAAUCGAUCACUCUCAAAUGACUUGAGUGACACAUUAGCCAUGCAAGGACUCAGUUGGAUUACCAGAAAGGUUCUCACCACUGGAGGCAUCAAGCUUGUUAUUAAUCAAAGCCCCUUGUUGCUAGAGAAAGCUGGAAGUUCACCAGUUUCCACUCUCCAUCAAGAGCAAACUGUGACACCUGGAAACUUCAAAAGUGAGGAUGUUUACGUGCUGGAUGGUGUAGAACGCGAUCAGAAAACGCAGGUCUUUGGCGCAUUGGUUACAAACGUCAAGUUUGUGCCAAUAGAUGAGGCAAGGGACGAUAACGUGAGCCAGAGGCUGCGUGAAUCCGGUGUGACUGAGGUCAUUGAAGAAUUCAGCAGCAGUAAGAAGGCAGGCUGGUCGACUCUUACUACGUGGGCUCUAGAAGAGGUCGACUCCCAGAGACGCUUUACUCAGUCAAGCACCACUGAGAAGAACGGUAAGAGCGUCACAGUCCGUUUGGUUUACGAUUAUUCUGGGUAA